CUGAGUGAAACUCCUUCGAACUUCACUCGUUCAUCAUGGCGGUGUUUUCGUCUCUCACUCCGGUGUUCGUGGCGGUUUUGUGUGUGAUUAUCGGAUUUCUCUUCAAAAACUCCCGGAGGAGGGAGCCCAGAUCAAAGCAGAAGCGUUCAGACCAGACAGCCAGACCAUGGGUGGACGAGGAUCUGCAGGAUGAUACAGAAAUCAGCAGUAAACACAACGACGAGGAGGGACGAUUGGCUAGACGCAACGGAGGAAGAAAACCUACAACACAUCCCAUACACCCCGGCUCGGUACUCUGCUGCUGAGAUGCUGGAGCGUUCUGAGAAGUUCUACUCGCUCAUGAAUCUGAGGCGGUCAGUGCGCUUCAUCAGUCCAGAACCGGUACCAAAAGAAGUGAUUGACAAUGUCAUACGCACCGCAGGCACUGCACCCAGUGGAGCUCACACUGAGCCCUGGACGUUUGUGGUGGUGUCUGAUGCAGAUUUAAAACACAAAAUCCGAGAGAUCGUUGAGGAAGAGGAGGAAAUAAACUACAAGCAAAGGAUGGGACACAAGUGGGUCCAUGACUUGAAGAAACUGAGGACAAACUGGGUGAAGGAUUAUUUGGAUGUGGCUCCGUGUCUCAUUCUGGUGUUUAAGCAGACGUACGGCUUUCUGUCCGGCGGCAAGAAAAAGACUCACUAUUACAAUGAAAUCAGCGUGUCCAUUUCCUGUGGCAUUCUGCUGGCCGCUCUGCAGAAUGUUGGGCUGGUUACCGUGACGACCACUCCUCUGAACUGCGGCCCGCAGCUCAGGUCCCUCCUCCAGCGGCCGGCCAAUGAGAAGCUUCUAAUGCUGCUUCCUGUCGGAUACCCUUCAUCUGACGCCAAAGUACCCGACCUCAAACGCAAGGACCUAAAUGACAUAAUGGUGACUGUGUGAGAUUAUCAGCUGCUGUAAACAAAUGUAAUGCCAUAAAACUUUUGAAUAUAUAGAAUCAAGCGCUAUUCAAAUCGGACCGAAUGUUAUCGUCUGAUAUUUUUUAUUCUACCGUACCAUAAAGGGAUGCUACAGUAAUAGUUUACAUGAGGCUUCUUUCACAUUUUGCGUGGCUCUGUUAUUGCGCGCAAAAGCUUAAUGACGUUUUCUGCAUUCUCACUGACAUGUUUUAAAGGAUUUUGUGUUUAUUUUACAGUCGUUGCAAGAUAAUGCAAUUUGUAUUGCAAAAAUAUUUUGUAAUAAUCAUUUUCUACGGUCAACCGUGGGUUAUUACAGCAACAAAGCAGUAUAGUUAAAGAUGAAGUGUGUCACUUGUUAGGUGUUGAAGUACCUUAUUCAGUCCCUUCUGCUUAUGCAGAGACAACUAUGCAUAAGCUAUAGGAUAAUUCAACCAAAAAAAUGUAAAAACACUUUGUUCUAAAAUUUGAAAUAUUUCAAAUUAAAUAAAUGCACUCAAAAUAUAGAGAUACUAUUAA